UAGGUCGCGUAUUCUCGCCGCGGUUAUACGUAUGUGCGCAUCUCCGUGCCGCCGUUGCCCGCCGUCGACGUCGUCGGCGUUGCUCCGGUACGCCGCUCGCUUUGGAGCGUAGCAACGGCCGCGCGCCGCGGAUCCCGGGUGUGCGCCGCGGGGCCCGCGUGCUCUAUCAACGUCUACGAUAUUCGCGUGCGCGCGAGGAGCUAGCAACAGCUCGUCGCGGCCAGUGACAACAUUUAUUUUCGAUACGAUCGGCGAAGGGACAGCGGGAGAGCGAGCGAGAGAGUUGCGGGGAAGAAACUGGUAGGAGGGAGAAAGACGGAAGAGGAGCCUGUUUCCCGAACUGCUGCAACGCAACGCAACCUGCGAGGUGUCCGUAGGUGCACGACCAGGACAGCUAGCGUCAGCAGGUUUUGGUUUUGAAAACUCGAAUAAGAUUGGAGAACAGAAAGAAAAAUGGUGUCGACACGUCAGUCAAGUAACAUGGGAAGUAGCGGUGGCAGUGGACCAGUUGGCGAGGUGGAAGUAAAGGUGGAAGUAAACUCAUUAAAAAAGCACCAUUCUGUAACAGCUGGCACGUCUAACAAUGGGGCCACCAUUGAAUCGCGCAAUUUGAAUCUCCUGGAUUUACCUGUCGAGGUCCUCGAGAAAAUCUUUGGCUAUCUAGGUUUCAAUAUGGUCGCCCAUAUGCGCCUGGUUUGCCAUCAACUGGACCGCAUUUGUGGAUCAAUACUGAACUCUACAUUUCAAAAGCUCCAAGCUCAAAUGUUAAGCCGUUUUCAGGCUAUCAAAGCGCAAAUGCCCAGGCGCGAGUCCGCUCGACGGAAUCAUCCGUUAGCAUGCGAGUCAGAUAUUAUAGAAACUCUGCAUAUGCGGCUCACUCUGCUGCAAAUGAGUUUCGGCAAGCACAUUGAACGGAAGCAUUGUUGCUUCUUUCCUGGCGAGAUUUUAGAUGAAGUUUAUCGCAUUCUCCAUUAUAUAAAAGUCACUCCGAAAUUACAAAGACCUUACAAAGUCACAGACGAACUGUUUGAUUUGAGCACUAUGGCUAUGGAAUAUUUCAAGGAACACAUUGAACCAACAUUACCAGAAAUACCUUACUUCGGUGCCGACUUUCUGGAUCUUGCAGGAACAUUCUCCUCUUCUAGUAGCGUGAGUAAACCAUUUAUGUGCCUGGAUUCCACACCCUUGACCGUUGGAAAUGGAAAAACGGGCAAUGCUGGUGAAGAGGAAGGUUCUUCGUCGCAUUGCUCGGAUGAUCCUGCUCUUUUGGAAUCCAAUGUGUCACCACCGCAAUCGAAUAUGGUUUUGCGAAAACGAAUUCGCAAAAUCAAACAGGGCAUGAGACGAUACAACAGUCAGCUAACAUUGAUGCGCAGGGAUUUGAAGAGUUGCAAGGCGAAAAUUGCGGAUCAGCAGAAACAAAUCGUAGAAUACGCUACUCGAUUGGAUGAUAAUGACAAGAAGAAUGAGGAGACGUCGCGAAAAUUCAGCACACUUUUACAGGAAUUGAACAAGUGUAAAACCGAGCUACAAUAUUGGCGAUCCAAGUCACCAGCAAUACCAGUGUGUGUAAGUUGUGGCCAGUCGAUGCCAGUCCCUACAGAGGAUUUACAAGCUUUAGCCAAUCAGGGAGUGCUGCCGGAUGCGUUUGGCGAAGGGCACGACUUCAUUCCCAUCGCGGAUGCCCACAGUCCCACCGAAGUGGUACAGCAAUCUGUAGUUACGCAAUCUCCGUCGACGCCGACAGUGGACAUGGCACCCCCAAAGGCUCCCGUGCCUUCAAUAUCCUUCAAACGGAGAUCUAACGCGGAAACGGAAGAAACGUUGGGCGAUACCGCGAAAAAAUCACGUCGCACUGCCAAGUCUCGUCAGGCUAAGCGCUCAAAAAUUUAAAUCGAUAACACUGAUCAUGGUACAAAUAUUCAAGCAGUCUCUAAUGAAUUUCCGAAGAUAGGGGACUUUCUAUGAUAAUUUACGCGCGUUUCUUUAUGUCAGCAAGCCGAUAUGAUCUUAGAAGAGUACAAAAUUCCUCACCGCGAACGUCCUGCAUUUUACGCAACGAAACUUCGUUUCGAAAAUUUUAGCCGUAUCGAUUGCCGGCGAUUGUCUCAAGAUCGCCAGUUGUUUGUUCGAUUAUUUCAUGAAUUUAUCGUCGCCAGUGGCGCACAUUGAUGAAUAUUCUAAAAAAGCCUAGCCGAUCAUUCGCUUUGCUCGUAAAGCAACGUCUGACUAUACUUCUCGAAUUCUUGUUAGAUUCAUUUGUUUUUUUAAUCAUCAUUGCCGCGACACACUUGAAGAUGAUAGAAAGUUAAAAUCAUAUCUGUCAUGCAUUUAACAGCGGUAUCGCACGAAAGAACGUACUAAAUAUUCGUGGCGACAGAUAUUCGCCUUCCAUUUUGCUCUUCGAUCAAAAAUGUACAGUGACUCUCGUCUUAUUUUUAAAACGAUAUUUAAAACGAUUCUUGCUAAAAUGUUGAUUGGAUAUCGCGUCUGCAACAUUUUAAUCGAAUAGGACAAUACGGCAAUAGAGAAAGCGUUGAAAUUUCAUAAAGCAACUAUAUAAAUUGAAUUAUAUGGUGCACAAGUCAGUAAUUUUGAGAAAAUUGUAAAUUAGUUUGAACAUUUAGCAUCACGUUAUCUAUAAAUUUAAUUGGUGUAAACCAAAUAAUUUUUAAAAAAUUAUAAAUUUGUUCGAGUAUUCGCGCAUUCUCUAUACACAAUAUAGCUUGUGGUAACUCGCAUAUAAAAGAUUUUCAGAUAGAGUCUCUAAUAAAUUUUGUUUCAUAAUAUCAUUGAAAAGUAUUUUAGGGAAUUGAUAUCGAUAAUUCGUCUAGGUAUUGCAAACACACCAUAUAAUCAUAUCAAUUCGUUUUGAUUUGUUAUAUUCAAAUUAGAAAAUUAAUUCUUUUAAAAUCGUUGUUUUAUCGUCCAGCUGUAUUCAUUUGUAUUCAACAUUCACAUGCUUAGAUUGACUGAAUUCGUGUAGCUGGAUAUAAAUCAAAAACGUUUUAUGAUAAAAGUAUCAUCCCAGUAUUAAGACGCGAAAUAACCAGAAAACAUCUGAGAAGAAUUUACAUCAUACUAAAGAGCAAAAUGUUGAUGGAUACCUGGGAAGGUGUUAGUUUAUUUUUAUGAAUACGCCAUUUUACCAAAACAAUUACGAGAUGGCGUACACAUUGCAAUAUUAAUAGAACUAGAUAAUUAUUUAUAGGAAUGAUUCUAUUUAGAUAAAAGAAUUGGGUAUCAUGCCAUUUUUGUAUAUUAUAUGCGGAAAAAAAUGGAGUUUUUGUUAUUGAAUAAAAUUAAAAGCAAUUUGUAUUUAUGAGAACAUGUUCCAAAUUUAAAAUGGUGGACGUUCAUGUUUAUAAAUUAUAACAAUCAAGGAUAUUUGCAAUCGGCUCCGGAAGUCUGAUGGUUUUACCUUGCGCGAUAAACAAUUAUUGGUACAGUAGGAACAAUUAAUGUCUUAUUUGCACCGAUUACCCAAUUAAUCUCAAAGCAGCGUAGUUAGAUAUUGUGAGUUAUUCAUGAUGAUACUUAUAAAAAA